GCCCCCUCGGCCUCCUUCCCUUCUCCCCCUACUUUUCCGCUCGCUUCAAAAACUCCCGUCCCACUUUCCGCCCCAUGCAAACCAUCGUUUCUCCUCGUCCUCCUCGGCGCUCCUCCUAACCCUAACCCUACUUCUUCCGAUCUCGCCUGGUUGCCGACUGUGAUCCUCUCCCACGAUGGAGGCCGUCGAUGAGUCUACCGCCGCCGCCGCCGCGGAGCACAGUCCAAUUGCGCUCUACGUCGGGGACCUCUCCCCCGACAUCGGAGAGGAGCACCUCGUCGGGCUGUUCUCUGCCAUCGGAGAACUCACGUCCGUAAGGGUCUGCAAGGAUUCCGCCACCGGCGUCUCUCUCGGAUACGGCUACGUCAAUUACAUUUCGAUCCAAGAUGCAAUUUCUGCAAUGGAGAAGUUAAACCAUACUCCCCUAAAUGGCAAACCAAUUAGAUUGAUGUGGUCGCGUAGAGAUCCAAACGCAAGGAGCAGUGGGAUUGGUAACCUUUUUGUGAAGAACCUUAGCAGUUAUAUCCACAAUGGUAUGCUUUACGAUAUGUUUUCCAAGUUUGGAACAAUUUUGUCUUGUAAAGUUGCCACAGAUGAAAAUGGAAGGAGUAAAGGAUUCGGAUUUGUCCAGUUUGAUUCUCAAGAAUCAGCAAAUUCAGCCAUUCAAGCCCUUCAUGGCUCUUCAUGCGAAGGAAAGACAAUUUAUGUUGCUAACUUUGUGAAAAAGAGUGAACGAUUGCCCAGCCCUGAUGCUCAAUUUACUAACUUAUACAUGAAGAACCUGGAUCAGGACAUAACAGAAGAACUUAUUAAGCUCAAGUUCUCUGAGUUUGGCAAAAUAUCAAGUGUUAGCAUUGCAAAAGAUGAUGAUGGAAAUUCAAAGGGGUUUGGUUUUGUUAACUUUGAAAGCCAUGACAGUGCAAAAAGGGCAAUGGAAGCGAUGAAUGGUCUCCCACUUGGAACCAACACCUUAUAUGUUGCAAGGGCCCAGAAAAAGGCAGAAAGGCUACAAAUAUUACGUCGUUCUUAUGAGGAAAAGAAGAGUGAGCAAAUGAGGAAAUACAUGGCAUCAAAUAUCUAUGUCAAAAAUCUUGAUGAUGCUGUUGAUGAUCAUGUAUUGCGGGAUCGCUUUAGUGAGUAUGGCAACAUAACUUCUGCAAAAGUUAUGCUUGAUGAUAAAGGGAGAAGUAAAGGUUUUGGAUUUGUAUGCUACAGUUGCCCUGAAGAUGCUAACAAAGCUGUGAAUAACUUGCAUGGAUGCAUGUUCCACGGGAAGCCAUUGUACGUCUCAAUUGCACAAAGAAAAGAGGAUAGACGAGCUCAAUUGCAGCUUCAAUAUGCUCAGCGCCUGUCUGGGUCUCCAGCUGCUGUUAUGCCUCCUGCUUAUACCCCUCUUUACUAUGCUUCUUCAGCGGUCGUUGCACAAGUUCCUCCAAGGGAUGGUCUUAUGUAUCAUCAACCUUUUGCUCUCAGCCCUGGCUGGAGACCCAAUGGAUUUGUUGCCCCAUCAAGACCGACUUACCAGGCAAUGCCAUUUCCUGCAAUGGCAAACACUUCGAGGCAACACAGACAAAAUAGAGGCAGGACGAACGGGAAUAGACUGCUUCAAUCAGGCCAGCCAAAUGCAUACCUACCUCAGUGGCAUCAUGCAAAUCAUUCUUUGAAUGGCGGAAAAGAUUUCAUAACCCACCAGAGACCUGGACAAAUCAAUUACUUACCAAAUGGUCGUCCAGUUAACAAUGCAUCCUUAACUUCACCUGGCUCCUCCAGCUCGCAUGGAACCGAAAUGCUAAGCACCAUGCUUGCCGCUGCAACUCCACAACAACAAAAGCAGAUUCUUGGCGAGCAUCUCUUCCCCUUAGUAGAGAACCUCAAGUUUGAUCUCGCCGCCAAGAUUACUGGAAUGCUGUUAGAGAUGGACAACAGCGAACUACUGCUGCUGGUGGAGUCACCAGAGUCACUGGCUGCCAAGGUUGAAGAAGCAGUACAAGUUCUCAAGGACUCCCAAGCCAGAGUGGGCGCUCCUCAAGAGAGGAUGCACUCCAACUACUUGGCGAGUGACGUGGCUGUGAAUUAAUAGGGGAAGCAAAAACAAAAAAAAAACAAAAACUCUGUCUCUUACUAUGCAACUGCAGUUUUGUUUUACAUUAGUUUUAGUUUCUCUAGGAUCUACCAUUUUGGUCGAUAUUUGCUUUAAUUUGCAUGACC